AUGUUGCGAACACUGAACGAUGAAGACGAUUAUCAGCAACCACAAAUCUGUCCACGUAGUACAUGGAGUGGUGUUGGAGCUGUGGAAUGUAUGAAAUGCAUAGAAGGAUAUUUCACAUGGGAUGAAGCAUCUACCCGAUGUGAACCAUUCGAACCUCAAAAGAUUUCUCCAAGUGCUACAUGGGCGCAAAACACUGUCACUAUAGCUGGAGACAAUGGAAAAGGCAAUGCAUCUAAUCAACUUAACUAUCCGUGGCGUGUCUAUGUGGAUGAUGAUCGAACUAUCUUGAUUGCCGACCACUAUAAUCAUCGCAUCGUACAAUGGAAACAUAAUGAAACAACUGGUCAAGUAGUAGCUGGUGGUAAAGGCGAAGGAAAUGGAUCUGAUCAAUUGAAAUAUCCAUCGGAUGUGAUUAUCGACAAAGAAACAGACAAUCUUAUCAUUUGUGAUCAAGGAAAUCGGCGAGUGAUGCGAUGGCCUCGUCGACAUGAAGAAAAAAGUGGAGAAACAAUCAUUGAGAACAUUGCUUGUGUGGGAUUGACGAUGGACGAUCAGAGAUUCCUUUACGUAUCUGAUUAG